AUGCCCUGCUGCACGCGCUUGUGGGCGAGGCUGCGCACGCAGAGUGCGGGAACGCGUGGCGAUGGGUCAUUACGGGGAGAGUUGGAGCUGUACUUCAACACGCGGUGCACAGGCAGCGACACCACGGCACACACUGUGACCCUGCAGCCUGCCCAGGGGGAGAAUGCUGCGCACAGCACCCUCAGCUAUGACCUCCUGGUGGGGGCGGACGGGGUGCGCUCCAUCGUGCGGAGCACACUCAUGAGCAGCACGCAAGAUUUCGCCAUCGAGGCACUACCCCUCUUUGGGGAGUGGGUCGUCGCCUCCAUCCCUGCCCCCACCUCCCUCCCCCCCAACUCUAUGAUUCUUGUUCCACGGCGCCUCGCCACCUGCGCGCCGUUCCCGCGUGUCGCCGACACCCUCUCCCGCUUAGCACCGCACCCGCUGCGCGCCUUCCCGCUUAGCGAAUCCCCUUCAUAUUACCCCUUCAAGCCCUCAUUUCCCCCCCCUGCUGCUUAUCACUACUCCCACUGCUCCCCUUCAUUUCCCCCCCCUGCUGCUUAUCACUACUCCCACUGCUCCCCUUCAUUUCCCCCCCCUGCUGCUUAUCACUACUCCCACUGCUCCCCUUCAUUUCCCCCCCCUGCUGCUUAUCACUACUCCCACUGCUCCCCUUCAUUUCCCCCCCCUGCUGCUUAUCACUACUCCCACUGCUCCCCUUCAUUUCCCCCCCCUGCUGCUUAUCACUACUCCCACUGCUCCCCUUCAUUUCCCCCCCCUGCUGCUUAUCACUACUCCCACUGCUCCCCUUCAUUUCCCCCCCUGCUGCUUAUCACUACUCCCACUGCUCCCCUUCAUGACCCCUCUUGCUGCUUACCAAUAUUACAACUGCUCCCCCUCCCCUCCUGCUGCUUAUCACCUCCCCCACUGCUCCCCUUCUAUUCCCCCCCUGCUGCUUAUCACUUCUCCCACUGCUCCCCUUCAUUUCCCCUCCUGCUGCUUAUCACUCCCCCCACACCUCCCCUUCAUUUCCCCUCCUGCUGCUUAUCACCUCCCCCACUCCACCCCCUCAAUUCCCCUCCUGCUGCUUAUUACUUCCCCCACUCCUCCCCUUCAUUUCCCCUCCUGCUCUGCUGCUUAUCACCUCCCCCACUCCUUCCCUUCAUUUUCCCUCCUGUUGCAUUUCGCUCCCCCCACUCCUCCCCUUCAUUUCCCCUCUUGCUGCUUAUCACCUCCCCCACUGCUCCCCUUCAUUUCCCCUCCUGCUUCUUAUCACUUCCCCCAAUCCUCCCCUUUAUUUCCCCUCCUGCUCUGCUGCUUAUCACUUCCCCUACUGCUCCCCUUCAUUUCCCCUCCUGCUGCUUAUCCCUUCCCCCAAUCCUCCCCUUUAUUUCCCCUCCUGCUCUGCUGCUUAUCACUUCCCCCACACCUCCCCUUCAUUUCCCCUCCUGCUGCUUAUCACCUUCCCCCACUCCUCCCCUUCAUUUCCCCUCCUGUUGCUUAUCACCUCCCCCACUGCUCCCCUUCAUUUCCCCUCCUGCUUCUUAUCACUUCCCCCAAUCCUCCCCUUUAUUUCCCCUCCUGCUCUGCUGCUUAUCACCUCCCCCACUGCUCCCCUUCAUUUCCCCUCCUGCUGCUUAUCCCUUCCCCCAAUCCUCCCCUUUAUUUCCCCUCCUGCUCUGCUGCUUAUCACUUCCCCCACACCUCCCCUUCAUUUCCCCUCCUGCUGCUUAUCACCUCCCCCACUCCUCCCCUUCAUUUCCCCUCCUGUUGCUUAUCACCUCCCCCACUGCUCCCCUUCAUUUCCCCUCCUGCUUCUUAUCACUUCUCCCAAUCCUCCCCUUUAUUUCCCCUCCUGCUCUGCUGCUUAUCACCUCCCCCACUCCUCCCCUUCAUUUUCCCUCCUGUUGCAUUUCGCUCCCCCCACUCCUCCCCUUCAUUUCCCCUCUUGCUGCUUAUCACCUCCCCCACUGCUCCCCUUCAUUUCCCCUCCUGCUGCUUAUCCCUUCCCCCAAUCCUCCCCUUUAUUUCCCCUCCUGCUCUGCUGCUUAUCACUUCCCCCACACCUCCCCUUCAUUUCCCCUCCUGCUGCUUAUCACCUUCCCCCACUCCUCCCCUUCAUUUCCCCUCCUGUUGCUUAUCACCUCCCCCACUGCUCCCCUUCAUUUCCCCUCCUGCUUCUUAUCACUUCCCCCAAUCCUCCCCUUUAUUUCCCCUCCUGCUCUGCUGCUUAUCACCUCCCCCACUGCUCCCCUUCAUUUCCCCUCCUGCUGCUUAUCCCUUCCCCCAAUCCUCCCCUUUAUUUCCCCUCCUGCUCUGCUGCUUAUCACUUCCCCCACACCUCCCCUUCAUUUCCCCUCCUGCUGCUUAUCACCUCCCCCACUCCUCCCCUUCAUUUCCCCUCCUGUUGCUUAUCACCUCCCCCACUGCUCCCCUUCAUUUCCCCUCCUGCUUCUUAUCACUUCUCCCAAUCCUCCCCUUUAUUUCCCCUCCUGCUCUGCUGCUUAUCACCUCCCCCACUCCUCCCCUUCAUUUUCCCUCCUGUUGCAUUUCGCUCCCCCCACUCCUCCCCUUCAUUUCCCCUCUUGCUGCUUAUCACCUCCCCCACUGCUCCCCUUCAUUUCCCCUCCUGCUUCUUAUCACUUCCCCCAAUCCUCCCCUUUAUUUCCCCUCCUGCUCUGCUGCUUAUCACUUCCCCUACUGCUCCCCUUCAUUUCCCCUCCUGCUGCUUAUCCCUUCCCCCAAUCCUCCCCUUUAUUUCCCCUCCUGCUCUGCUGCUUAUCACUUCCCCCACACCUCCCCUUCAUUUCCCCUCCUGCUGCUUAUCACCUCCCCCACUCCUCCCCUUCAUUUCCCCUCCUGUUGCUUAUCACCUCCCCCACUGCUCCCCUUCAUUUCCCCUCCUGCUUCUUAUCACUUCCCCCAAUCCUCCCCUUUAUUUCCCCUCCUGCUCUGCUGCUUAUCACUUCCCCUACUGCUCCCCUUCAUUUCCCCUCCUGCUGCUUAUCCCUUCCCCCAAUCCUCCCCUUUAUUUCCCCUCCUGCUCUGCUGCUUAUCACUUCCCCCACACCUCCCCUUCAUUUCCCCUCCUGCUGCUUAUCACCUCCCCCACUCCUCCCCUUCAUUUCCCCUCCUGUUGCUUAUCACCUCCCCCACUGCUCCCCUUCAUUUCCCCUCCUGCUGCUUAUCCCUUCCCCCAAUCCUCCCCUUUAUUUCCCCUCCUGCUCUGCUGCUUAUCACUUCCCCCACACCUCCCCUUCAUUUCCCCUCCUGCUGCUUAUCACCUCCCCCACUCCUCCCCUUCAUUUCCCCUCCUGUUGCUUAUCACCUCCCCCACUGCUCCCCUUCAUUUCCCCUCCUGCUGCUUAUCCCUUCCCCCAAUCCUCCCCUUUAUUUCCCCUCCUGCUCUGCUGCUUAUCACUUCCCCCACACCUCCCCUUCAUUUCCCCUCCUGCUGCUUAUCACCUCCCCCACUCCUCCCCUUCAUUUCCCCUCCUGUUGCUUAUCACCUCCCCCACUGCUCCCCUUCAUUUCCCCUCCUGCUUCUUAUCACUUCCCCCAAUCCUCCCCUUUAUUUCCCCUCCUGCUCUGCUGCUUAUCACUUCCCCUACUGCUCCCCUUCAUUUCCCCUCCUGCUGCUUAUCCCUUCCCCCAAUCCUCCCCUUUAUUUCCUCUCCUGCUCUGCUGCUUAUCACUUCCCCCACACCUCCCCUUCAUUUCCCCUCCUGCUGCUUAUCACCUCCCCCACUCCUCCCCUUCAUUUCCCCUCCUGUUGCUUAUCACCUCCCCCACUGCUCCCCUUCAUUUCCCCUCCUGCUGCUUAUCCCUUCCCCCAAUCCUCCCCUUUAUUUCCCCUCCUGCUCUGCUGCUUAUCACUUCCCCCACACCUCCCCUUCAUUUCCCCUCCUGCUGCUUAUCACCUCCCCCACUCCUCCCCUUCAUUUCCCCUCCUGUUGCUUAUCACCUCCCCCACUGCUCCCCUUCAUUUCCCCUCCUGCUGCUUAUCCCUUCCCCCAAUCCUCCCCUUUAUUUCCCCUCCUUCUCUGCUGCUUAUCACUUCCCCCACACCUCCCCUUCAUUUCCCCUCCUGCUGCUUAUCACCUCCCCCACUCCUCCCCUUCAUUUCCCCUCCUGUUGCUUAUCACCUCCCCCACUGCUCCCCUUCAUUUCCCCUCCUGCUGCUUAUCCCUUCCCCCAAUCCUCCCCUUUAUUUCCCCUCCUGCUCUGCUGCUUAUCACUUCCCCCACACCUCCCCUUCAUUUCCCCUCCUGCUGCUUAUCACCUCCCCCACUCCUCCCCUUCAUUUCCCCUCCUGUUGCUUAUCACCUCCCCCACUGCUCCCCUUCAUUUCCCCUCCUGCUUCUUAUCACUUCCCCCAAUCCUCCCCUUCAUUUCCCCUCCUGCUUCUUAUCACUUCCCCCAAUCCUCCCCUUUAUUUCCCCUCCUGCUCUGUUGCUUAUCACUUCUCUUCUCUGUGCGUCCUCCCUCCCACCCCCUCUCUCCAUCCCCCCCUUUCACCCUUCCACUCCUCUCCCCGUCCAUUCUUUCCCUUUCCCAUCUUCUUCCUAUCCCUCCACUCCCCAUCCCCUCCUCUUCUCAUCACCUCCUCUCCCUGCCCCCUCUUCUUCACAUCCCCUCGUUCUCCUGUCCUCUUCCUGUCCCUUCCUUCCUCCAUCCCAGCGCCCCUUCCCUCCAUGUCCUCCCCUCCUCCUUCCUUAUUCCUUCCUGCCACCCUUUAUCCUCCCACUGCUCCCCUUCAUGACCCCUCUUGCAGAAUUUGCGCUGGCUGUUGAAGACAGCACGCUGUGUUGUGUUGUGUUUUGCUGCCUCCUUCCCCUCUCCCACACCCUUCUCAACCCCCGCUUCCCUGCUCAACCCCCGCUUCCCUGCUCAACCCCCGCUUCCCUGCUCAACCCCCGCUUCCCUGCUCAACCCCCGCUUCCCUGCUCAACCCCCGCUUCCCUGCUCAACCCCCGCUUCCCUGCUCAACCCCCGCUUCCCUGCUCAACCCCCGCUUCCCUGCUCAACCCCCGCUUCCCUGCUCAACCCCCGCUUCCCUGCUCAACCCCCGCUUCCCUGCUCAACCCCCGCUUCCCUGCUCAACCCCCGCUUCCCUGCUCAACCCCCGCUUCCCUGCUCAACCCCCGCUUCCCUGCUCAACCCCCGCUUCCCUGCUCAACCCCCGCUUCCCUGCUCAACCCCCGCUUCCCUGCUCAACCCCCGCUUCCCUGCUCAACCCCCGCUUCCCUGCUCAACCCCCGCUUCCCUGCUCAACCCCCGCUUCCCUGCUCAACCCCCGCUUCCCUGCUCAACCCCCGCUUCCCUGCUCAACCCCCGCUUCCCUGCUCAACCCCCGCCUCCCUGCUCAACCCCCGCCUCCCUGCUCAACCCCCGCUUCCCUGCUCAACCCCCGCUUCCCUGCUCAACCCCCGCUUCCCUGCUCAACCCCCGCUUCCCUGCUCAACCCCCGCUUCCCUGCUCAACCCCCGCUUCCCUGCUCAACCCCCGCUUCCCUGCUCAACCCCCGCCUCCCUGCUCAACCCCCGCUUCCCUCCGCUCCUCCUGACCCCGCUGAUGCAGGUUCCCCGCACUCCUGGCAUAUCGGUGGUGGGGCUGCCAGCACAGGGCGGCAAGCUUUGUCUCUUGUGGACGUGGUCGGCGUUGACACGGCCCGCUGAGUGGUUGGCGCUGAGAAGCAAUGAUGCGGACAGGGAGGGCCGUGAGGUGGGGAGGACGGACGCACGGAAGGAUGGGGAAAGCGUGGGUAGCAAGCAGGGUGUCACUGGUGCAACGGAGAAUGCAGCGGGUGAAGGGAAGGGCCAUGCCCUGGUUGACCUCUCAGAUGCCGGUGCACCCAUUAGCAACCUCUACUCUGCACUGUCAGCGAUUGACAUGAUUCUUCGUUCCAUCCUUUCCAAGCUGCUGCCUGCAUGGGUUGUGUCACCUCCCAUCCAAGUCCUUUGCUCCAACACCACCCUCUCCUAUUCAACCAUACUUGCUCGCAUGGCGUCCGAUAAGAAAGCCAGCACCGGUUGGUUUGGGGAUAUGGUCUCGACAAUAAGUGACUUCGGCAAGCAGACAACAGACAUGGCUUCUAACCUCUACACUCAUAUGGGCAAGCUGGGCAACCCCACCCUCCUGACGCACGCAGGAGCGGAGGCGCUGUGGCGGGAGCACUUCUGGGCGCCACCGGAUGAGAAGUUGCUGUUCUACUUCUACUGCAACCUGCUCACCAGCGUGGGGCCCGUUCCCGGCACACUUGUUGUCACCACUGCGUCCAUUGGCUUCCUUUCGGACGCCGAGUUUGAGUACAAUCCACUGGGCCGCCCCACAGAGAUUGCCAAGAGCCACUUUGUGGCCACUAUUCCACUGCACAAGAUAACAGGAGUGGCACCUGAAGCCAACCCAUCGGAUGACAAUGAGAAGUACAUUCGGCUCACUACAGAAGACGACUUCUCAUUCUGGUUCACUGGCUUCAUUGCAUAUGAUCAAGCCUUUGCGACUGUCCUUUCUGCGGUGGUCAGUACUUCUCAUCCUCUUGAAGCUCUGUCAUAG